CUGUUAGGUCUAAUGGUCAGUCCCAUUUAGGAGUUUUUCUUCUAAAUUCAACGGCCAGAUAUUGUAGACAUAAGUGGAAAUUGGUAAGUGGGGAACAAAAGCAUUUUGUGACCCAUCAUUUCCUGUAGAUUGAAUGGGAUUUUUCUUUUUUUGGUAAAGAGAAGAGAGAGAGAGAGAGAGAGAGAGAGAUUUAACUAUUUUGUCCACAGGUCAUGGAAUCUUUGUUAGGUCUUUAGAAUUUUAUGAUUUUUAAUGAUUUUUUUUUUCAUAUAUUUUAUUUACCUUGUGAGUUACCAUCAUUCCUCGAAGAUGGAUUCAGAGAAUUAGUUAUGGGAAUGAGACGUUGAGAGUUGAGAGUUGAAACCCGAUUGUAGAAAGUUGAAAAAAAUAAUAAGAAUUAUUUGGGUCUUUGGUCUCUUGGGAAAGUAUUUUAAUUAAUGCAGUUACUAUGUGGAAGCCGCGCAACGCCACUACCAGAUUGCUUGAUUAAGAAAGAGAACUCUGAGUUUUAUCAAACACAGGCCAUGGAGGUGGAGAGGGCUUGGCUCAGAUCUUCGGAAUCCGACAGAUACUCGAAGGAAUUGGAUGUUGCUGUUAGAAUUGUCCAAAUGGUUUGCUCUCUCUGUGAGAAGGUGCAGGAUAAUUUAAUUACUAAGACCAACGAAAAGGUUAAAUCUAAGGACGAUAAUUCUCCUGUCACUAUAGCAGAUUGGAGCGUCCAAGCAACUGUUAGCUGCAUGUUGUCAGAAAGCUUUGGGAGUGAAAAUGUGUCCAUUGUUGCGGAAGAAGAUAUCCAAACUCUCACCAAGGCUGAUGCAGUAGGCAUACUGGAGGCUGUGGUAAAGACUGUGAACCAGUGUCUGGCUGAAGCACCUGACUUUGGUCUUACAAGUCCAGUUAGGCCUCUUAGAACUACAGAGGUUCUCGAGGCAAUUAGUCGAUGCAACUCGACUGGUGGUCCUAGUGGAACACAUUGGGUACUUGAUCCCGUUGAUGGAACAUUGGGAUUUGUACGUGGAGACCAAUAUGCCAUAGCUCUAGCCUUGAUAGAGGAUGGAGAAGUUGCUCUUGGAGUUCUUGGGUGCCCCAACUACCCAAUGAAUAAGGAAUGGCUUAAUUAUCACCACCGUUAUUAUCGAAUCAUGUCAAAGUUGUCCUCUCCCACAUCUGAUUCUUGGGACAAAGGCUGUGUGAUGUAUGCAAGGAAAGGUAGUGGAGAGGCAUGGAUGCAGCCAUUAGUCAGGGAAAACAGUAGGCUUGGUCGGUCAAACUUAGCCAGGAGAGUUCAAGUGUCUUCCAUCGAUGAUCCAGCACUGGCUACAUUCUGUGAACCAGUUGAAAGGUCCAAUUCAAGCCACUCCUUCACAGCAGGACUAGCUCAUAGCGUUGGAUUGAGGUGCAUUGACUUUUCAUUUUCUUCUUGCUAAAGAUAUACUAUUAUGAUUUUUAAUCUUAUAGUCUAUUAUCCAGUUGCAGUAAGUAUUUGAGUAUUAUUAGAUUCAAGGAUCCAAAUUUCAAUAUACCUUUGAAAUCUGGAAAAUGGGCUCGAAAUUUGGUCCAUUUCGCAGGUCAACUCGAAAUGGCCAUUUCAGUAGCCAAAUGGUGGAAUUUUGCUCUGAAGUGCCUAUUUAAACAUUGUAGAAAAUAUAGAAUAAGUAAAAGAGCGGGAGAGAGACCGAGAGAGAAAAGAGUGAGAGAGCCUUUCACUGUGGGCAGACUCAAUCUUGUAGAUUGGACUGCCCUCCUCUUCCUAUUAAAUAGAUAAUUCUCAACUACAAUAGUAGUAGGACAGCUGUCCUACUCUGACUAGGAAUAUGAAACAAACUGGGAAACUAAUUAGCUAACAACUAAUUAAUCUAAUUAGUAAAUUACCACAAGUCCUAGUGUACUAGGACUCCUACCCCAAUUGGGGAACUAACUUUAUCGUGGGGAGGAGUCUGCGCUAUCUUGCAGUCUCCUCCCUCUCCUACGAUGCUUUCUAACA